AUGCGGGUUAGACUCGGCGCCAGUCAUCUCCUGCGGCUGACCAGGCAAUAUCGAGCUCCUGCUAAUACAUAUCUUCCGAGUAGCCAAUGGCUGGAUUCUCACCCGGACAAGAAGAUCAUGGGCCGUCUGAUGCGGACCAAGUAUGAUGAGCAAGAGUUGAAUCUGGCCAUCCGUGGUGAAAAGGUUCCCAACUGCAUGGGCUUGGAGGUGGGGCGCCGCUGUGUGAUCCGGGGGAUGCGCUAUCACGAUGGGUUCGCCACAGAACUGCGUGGCAUGUUCCCAGAGUUCACCAGAGCUCUCAACGCCCGUAGCAUCAUGAGCGGGAGGAUUCCUGAGAUGCAGGCGCCGGAGGAUAUUCCAUACUGCAUCUGGUAUCCCGAGGUAGCAUCCGAAGAGACCUAUCGCCGGCUGGCUCAGACUUACCCACAGAUGAGAUACCAUGUCGGCCGGGCCUGUGCUGUUGCUGGAUACUCUUCACUGUUGCGUGAGCUGAAUCUGCUGCCCGAUGUUCACAUCGCUGCUGAGGCCCGCGAUAGCGGUAACACUGCUAUAUUCGACUCCAUCAUGGUGGCGUCUAAGCGAUAUUCCGUCAUGAACGACUAUGAGCGCACGGUCGACCUAGAAGCCGAGCUGCAGCCGGCUAGUCUUCCUCACGUUUAUCUCAACGGCGACACUGCCGUCGCAUCGUCACUGGAUCUCAAGCAAGCGCAUACCGCUCCAGGCUACUGUAACCCUGGGUUUAAGCGCAGCGCAUUCAAUAUCACCGAAGACUGCAAUAUUGCGGAAGAGAGCGUCAGCGAGGAUGUGCUGGCGAGUCGCCCAGACGUAUCACAUUGGUUGUAUACGCCACUGCCGCAAGACUACCCGACUAAUGCCAACAAGGACGUCUUGAUCCUGAUGGCGGCUUACUACGGCGACGUGGAUCGUUAUGCCCGCCUCCGCCGAUCAAAGUAUCUCAAGCACGAAUGGGCCUGCGUGCUUCGCGGCAUCUACCACAAUCCAUUGUUUGCCAAGUGGUGGUCUAUGCAGUCCAAGGUCCCGUCCGACUUCAAACGAGCGAUUCUUGCACGUCGCAUCAUGAACAACGACUUGACGGGCAUAACCGAACAGGCGCCGCCCAGUGACUUCGAUCUGCCGUAUCAGAUCUGGUACCCGGAUGUGGCCAGCUCGCACACGUACGCGGAGCUGUUCCGCCGCCGGCCCGAAAUGAAGGAGCAGAUCGCGCGUGCCUGUAUUGUGGCAGAUCACUGGGGUCUAUACAAAGAGAUGGACGUCGACGCGAACUUCUAUCUGCUCCGCGAGGCCAGGGACGCUGCGAACCCAUUUUUCCUGCAGGACCAGGAGCGCAAGGUGGAAGCAGCAGGUGGCAUCAAGGCCCUUUCCAGCGCGGAGGCAUGGAAAUGGCGCACGCGCGGAAGGGAAUUCGCACCAGCGAGCCUCACCUUGAAGAAGAACAUCACUGAAGGCUGUGGCAUUUACACGGACGUGGAUGGCAUCUACGAUGACUGGCACGUGGAUGUGGGCAACAUCAUUACAAACAUAUCGUAUCCCGAUGAGUUCAAGAAGCAACUAGAGGUAGACAUUAAAGAGGAGUUUUGUAGAUGA